AUGGUGCGGGUGGAUGCAGUGGACGGGCUGGGUGCAGAGGAGCUUUCGAAGGGUAGCGACCCCAUGGUGACGUGGACGAGAAUAGGGUGUUGGGCAGAUGCCACUGAUGAGGAUGAACAGAUCCCGAGCCCAGUGGCUGUGGCAGCGCGCCCCCGCGCCCGCGCGCGGCGGAAGCCGAGAAUCUACUCCCGUCAGCUGCUUCUCGAAUUACGUCGCAUUGAGAGCCCUGCAUCCCCGCGCCUGCGCGCCAAGAGGGUGGAGGAGCUACCGGAGCCAGUGGUGCCCUCCAGGCGCAAGCGCGCACUUCAAGAGUCUGGGGACCCUCGAGGCGCUGCGCAGACAAUUCCCGUGCACAUUUUCGACCCAAUCACGGCAGCGGCUACCUGCGAGGUAGUGCUCUCCUGGUUGACGUCGAAAGAGAACACAGUGGAUGCCCCGUCCAAGACCUCCGGCAUGCCCCCCACUGCGAGAGAAGUUAGGGCAUUGAGGCCCAACGCUGCGGAGUUUUUCCCUGCUUCGAAGAAGUUGGCAGCCCUCGUGGAGGAGGAAGGCGAGGAUGAGGAGGACGAUGAAGAACCCCGACCGCGUGCCGGAUGCUCGCUGAUGUGCGGAAUCAGCGUCGCCAUUCUGUUGGCUCUGCUCUGCCACGCUGUCCAAUUCGGGCAGCCGCGGGCACAACCUGUGGC